AUGUCAUGGAUUUUCAAAGCUAUUCUUAGACAUAGAGACAUCAUGAUAGGCAUGGAAGAUUGGAACGAUAUGAAGGUGAAGUACUCUGUGGGUAAAGUAUAUCAGUACCUCAAGAAGGAUGAACCAGAUGUUGGUUGGAAGCACAUGUUAUCCAAUACUAUUGCUAGAUCGAUAACACUUUUUACUAUGGGGAUGACAUGCCACCGUAGACUUGCGACAAAGGUGCGUCUCAAAAAGCUUGGCUUUACUACGUAUGACAGGUGUAAAUUCGACAACAAAGAGGAAACAAUUGACCAUCUUUUAUUCCAAUGCCCGCCAUUUAAAAUCUGUUGGCAGGAAAUUCUGGGUUGGAUGGGGAUUCAACAUACCCCUUGUGAUUGGCAGGAAGAACUUAAUUGGAUUAUAACACAAUGUAAGGGAAAGGGCUGGAGGAAGUGCCUCCUGCGUAGUUCCAUAGCGGAGACUAUUUACAAAGUCUGGAAGUAUCGUAACAACGUCGUCUUUGGCAAUACUAUGAAUACCAUUGAGAUUAGAGAUGUAGUAAUCUUUACCCUUGCAAACAGAGAGUGGGUUAAUACUAGAAUGAGACAUCAUAUAACUAACCUUCUUAUAGAUUAG